AUGUCCGGACCAAUCCAGAAAGUGGUCGUGCUUGGGGCCACCGGCAACGUCGGCAAGCCUGUUGUCACAGCCCUGGCCAAAGCGGGAUACACGGUGACGGCAGCCUCACGAACCGAGGGCAAGAAGUUCCCGCAUCCCAUCAUCCCGGCCGUGGUCGACUACAGCUCGGUCGAGGCGCUCGUCGACCUGUUCAGAGGCCAGGACGCCGUGGUCGAAGCCUUCCCCCCGAACGCGGCACACAUGCAACCCACCAUCGUCGACGCUUGUCUCAAGGCCGGCACGGUCAAGCAUAUCAUCACGCCGGAUUUCGCAGGCGACACCUUCAGCCCGCAUAUUAGAGAGUUGCCGCUGUAUGUGCCCAAAGUCGAGGCGCAGAAGCAGCUGGAGGACAAGGUCCGCGGCACCGAGCUUUCCUGGACCGCCAUCAUCACUGGCGGGUGGUAUGAUUGGGCAAUCCCACUUGGGUACUACUGGAUCAACCCGCAGACAAACACCAUCACCGUAUACGGCAGCGGAAACCAGCGUAACAGCAUGUGCCGCGUCAGCACCGCUGCCAAAGCUGUCUGCGAUGUUCUCGCAGACCCAGCCAAGUUUAAAAACCGGCCCGUCUACGUCGCCGACCACACCGUCAGUUUGAACGAACUGAUUCCCAUCCUCGAAGAUGUACGGCCGGGCUGGAAUAUCGUCAAGGUCGAUCUCGAUGCCUUCUUCGCCGAGGCUAAGAGGCUGUGGGACGAGGAUACGGAGAAGGGAGUCAAGGUCCGAUUGCUCACGCCGGCCUACAACAUGCUCGGAACUUAUGGCAUCUUCGAGGAGAACAACAGAUACAAUGCCGACUUUGAGCGCUUGAUCGAGCCUGGAUCUGCAUACCAGAAGCCACUGGCCGAGCUGAAGGAAGAGUUCAAGGUCUUAGUCAGGCCGAAAUGA